UUGUGAAUACGUUGAAAAGAAUUUUCUAUCUAAAAAUAAUUAAUACAAAUAGAAUUGGAUUAAAUAUGCAAUAAUCCCAGUUAAAUUUACCAUAAUUCGAACGAAAGAGACGCGCAUUUCAGCAAGAUUCUGUGAAAUUAUAGCAACUUCUAAUUUAGCGCGACGUAAAAAUGUGCUGGUGCAAGAUCACGCUCAAUACAACAGCAGGUGAAAAAUCGUGGAAGUUUUGCAAAUCGAUCGAAAAGCGCGAUUAUUGCCGCAACUGAAAUAUCACCAGGACUAUUUUCAAUCGUGAAAAUUGCUUUCGAAAUACUGCGGACGGAAGCUUAUUUUAAACGUGUAAGAUAAUUACGACGAAACACGAUAUUACCGGAAAAGUCAACAAUGCGCAGUUCAUUCUAUUGACGAAAAAAAUCAUGGAGAACACAGUGACGAUCGCGCUUGAUUCUACGGUGAGAAGUCAAAAUUCAAGUCGCUCGAAAGAUUCAAUCAAUUCAGAGGUAAAGCCGGAGAGUUGUCUAGAGUCGAAACACUCCAAAGAUGUUCUCAUCCCAGAGAAGCAGCAGCAGCAUCAGCCGCCGAAGCAUGCAGAAGAUCGGCAGAACUUGCAGACGACUUCCGAGACGAAAGACGAUUCCAAUCUGCUGAUGUUCACGUCAUGCGGACAAUUGUUGCUUGGUAUCGUUUUGGUCGUCUUCGGCGUCUUGGUGCUCGUCCACGGCGCUUCCUUGGGCAAUUCUGGUGCAGGACUCUGGGCAGGUGCUGGAGCUUUGGUUACUGGCGCGCUUGGAGUAGUUGCGACCUUAGCAACGUCAUCCACUAAAACAAAUUCCGCUUUCUCGUCUGCUCAUCUCGCUUCCAGCCUGAUUGCUCUUGCCCUUUCGAAUAUGGCAGCUAUAACAGCUUUGACGGCGGUCGUCAGAGACUCGCAGAGAGUACCUGAAGUUUCGCUCCUCAGCUUCUCGGGCGACGACAGCCAAGUGAUGGAAGUAGACGACGGCUUGGCGGGUUUACUGGCGAGCAUCGGCUUACUGGUGGCCAGCGUAGCGGAAUUGUUAGUGUCCGGCUAUAGCUGUUUAACCUUGACACCGAAAUUGUGCGGCUGUUUACGAGCGAGUUCCGCAAACGAGACGGCGAGCAACGGUCAUCUGAAGACCGACAACAUGGUCCAUCAAUGGGUCAUCGCGCAAAAACACGUGCCAACCAAGAACCAGCAGCCACCAAUUUACGUAGUGCAGCCGAUACCGAUGCCGAUGCAUCCGAUGAUGCAGUCACCGUACGGCAUGCCGCCAACGCCUGGCAAGUUUCCGCCUGGAGGAUUCAUGCCUGCUGGAUCUCUUCCGAUUACCACAUCAAUGCCAUACAAUAUCGUACCCGUGUUGCCCCACAUGCUCCCGUACAGUGGACGACCAUCGUCUCAAUCAUUCCAUCCAAAACACAAACGUCAGCAAAUCAUGGAUCAGGAGAGGUCAGAGAGAAAACAGCACCUCGAGACCAAGAACGAGUCCCUGAAGAGGAUGUCAUCGAUUGAUAAGGAUCAAGUGGAUUUGGCGCAGACUUACACCGGAUUGGACAAAAGAAUUUCCGAGGAAUUUAUUUCAAUUGCGAUGGAUCCAGAUAGAAAAUCCAAGGCUUCCAGUCACUACGGUAGCGAAAUCGGAACUGCGAAAACUUUUUCAUGACUUUUAACCGCGGUAAUUAAAGGGUUUAGCAAUUAAGACAUUUUUUGUCAGUUUACAAAAUCUAUUUUAGAUACAUUUUCAUAUUUUAAAUCGAUUAUGUUAAUGAUUUAUAUUAUUUUUGCACUUGUAUUCUUUAACUUUGAAUAUACAAGAUGACCUAUUGUAAUCUAUAAAUAAAUUUAUUUUUAAAAAUA